AUGUUGCCGUUAUAUUUGCUUACCAAUGCGAAAGGGCAGGAAAUGUUCAUAGAGUUGAAAAAUGGAGAAACUAUUGAAGGCAAGUUGACAAACGUUGAUAAUUGGAUGAAUUUAACUCUCUCAAAUGUAAUUCAUACAGCAUCUGAUCAGUCCCUACAAUUACCAGAAAUUUAUCUUCGCGGUUCUUUCAUAAAGUACAUCAAGUUGCAGGAUGAUAUUAUUGAUAAGGUAAAACAACAACUGAACAGUGGUAAGGACGGCAAUAACAGUGGGGGUGGUUCAAAUCAAAUGAGAGAUAGAGACAGUGGAAGAAGGUUUACUAGCAGACGGGAGAAUGUGAAUAGCAGUGGCGGAAGAGCCCAUCAGGAUUAUCAAAGGAAACGAGGUGGUGGAAACUUCCAAAGAAGAGACGGACAGUAUAAUAGCAAUAGUAAUCGUCGCUCGAGGCAACCUCAAAACAAUGGCCCACAGGGCUCGCAGACUAACAAUGGUUCAGGUGGUUUUAUUCAGUAUCAUCAGUCUCAGUAUACCUUUUAA